AUGAUACAUCUUGCAGAUUGUUCAAUACAGCACCCAGGCUUUGGAUUGCGUGGCACUAGUUUGUCCACUGCGCCUCACCCUAGCUUAAAGCGUCGAUGGAUCUCAGAAGAAGGCUGCCACCAAAACAAACGCCAGGAUCGAGAACAGGUCACCGUUGUUUCUAGGCAAACCUUGGUCGUCGCUGAAAACCCUCUCGAUCACUCCCUCGCCCGUUGCGGGUUGAUCAACGAUCAUGCAGACCGUGUCCGAGAAUCACACCUAAGGCAGCAUCACCCUGGAAAUUCUCUUCCCGUCGCUCCCACAAAGCCGUCCUCCGGCCACCGCCCUUUAACAAUCCCCGCCACUCCGGGGCUUGAUGUUUCGCCAAUCGCUACAGCUUCACCUGGGGAAGAACGAGAGCCCGCUGGUCAUGGACCUGACCGAGAUAAGCCCAGCAUGCUAAACACGAUGGACGGUGCGUGUGAUAUGGACGAUGAUCCUACUCCCACCGCAUCCAGUCGAAACUCCAGUGUAGUUGAUCCCAAGGCACAAGCACCACGGCCAUCAGUCGUUCAUUUCUUAUCUGACGACCAUUUACAUUGGAGAGAAAGAGAGCCUGCUACUUUCGUCAAUCCGUUCACUCCUGAAGAAGCGUCGUCCAGAAAGACUUCCGCCUCUUCCGAAGCCACAGCCUACUUCCGGCCCAAUGCUUUUGCUGGUCAUCGAGACACGCUGGCAAGACUGCACAAAUUCACCAACAGGUACAGUGACGACGAAGAUCCUGCAGACAGUGAAACCGACUCAUUUUCAACCGCUCUUACCCGUCAGCCGUCUCUAUCUGGGAUGUCUAGACGAGCCAGCCAUGCGGGAGCAAAUCUGGACCUCUUCUAUCCCCAACGGGUUGUCGACACUGUGCUCCGCUAUGUGGCGUUUGAUGAUUACAAGGCUAUGCGACUAGUCUGCCGCCAAUGGCGUGCGAAUUUGCCUCAACCCAGAUUUCCUGGAGCGUACCUACUUCCGAGAGAGAUCCUGAGAGAAAUUUUCUCCUACUUGGCGCCCUGUGACUUUGACUCGGCCCGCCACACGUGUAAAGCCUGGUUCUUAGCCAGCUUGGAUCGCAAGGUCCUGGUUUCUAUGCUCAGAGCAAGUGGAUGCCAGGCUGCGUUGGCCACGGAUCUUGAGCGGGCGCGUGGGCACAUCGCUGCACAGAGGCGAAGCUGGGACAGCAGUCUUGGCCCAAUGCAGACCGACGGUGAAAAUUUCAUUGACAAAGAGUGGCUGUGUUCCAAAAGAUUGGCUACAGAAAGUCGACUGUCGCCCGACUGGCGAGGCUGUCUCCUGCCCGAUGGCUCUCCUAGACUUCCAAUCAUUGAGGAAGUCGACUUCUCGAAGAUCAUCACCUCCCGCGCUGUACCCACCAAGCCCAGGUUCACAGUGUCAGCAUGUGGCAGAUUUGUCCUUGUGGUCUCUGGAGGCGACAUAUCUGUCUACAGCUUGUGCGAUUCAGAGCAGUCGCUUGCCCCUGUGGUAAGGCUAGCCACGGGAAUUGAGGUGUUGAAGGUCAGCAUGGAUACUAGUUCGGAACGAUACUCGAUUGCCGCCCUCCUGGCAGGCCGCAUCGGCAUGCUGUGGGAUCUACACGGCAGCCAUAUGCAGACAAGGUAUCGCAACCCUUCCGGCGAGACGAUGAGCUUGAGAGUGCAGAAAGAUAUUCACAGUUCAGCCAUCUACCAGUCUUCAAGGCUGGCCAGUGUCAACCUUCCCAUUAAUUCACCUGAAACGCAUGCUGGAGGAGUGUCUGAUAUGAAUCUUGCGUUAACGGCGUUGGAUGAUCACACGUCCCCUCCUGGUGCUCUACCAAGCCCCCGAUUCUCGUAG